GGAUUUGGUACCAGGCACUUGCCUUCCCAACCGAAUGACGCAUCGUAUGAGCAUUAUGGUGAAACACUCCAUCAGCUAUUUCCCCUCAGUACACUACUUUCACGUAUUUCUCUUGCUGACUGCAACAGAGUUCAGUUCCUGCUAAGAGAAAUAUGUGACAAGCAGACUUUCAGGGAAUUAUGAAAUGGCAUGCAGUGUCUCUGCAGCCUGUGAAGCCCCUAAAAUACACAUAUUUUAGUGACAGAUGAACUGUGAGCUGCAGUUCAGGUUGGAAAUGGAAAACACUCCGCAGGGACAAAGCCUACUCAACAUUUUAAUGUUAGUAACCUGACCACAUAGUUUUAGAGUGAACCCUGUUCCACUUACCCUUUUCACCUCACUCACCUCAAUCACUGUGCUGCCUGCCAUGGUAACAAUUAACAGGAUCCCACCUGGUACAGAGGCCCAAAAGCACGCCAACAGGUCAGCGGGUGCGGGGUGGAAGAGUGUCGCCCUCUGACACUGGCGGUGUUUCCGGGUUGGAGAUCUCCUAUGGGCCCAGCCUGCCAUGGUGGUCCCUGCAGAUGGACUGUAGCUCAAUCAGAUAACCUCUCCUGGGGAUCAGGUUCACCUCUGUAACUCUCAUCCAAGACAUCCAGGGUUAAUCUCCCACAGAGAAGAUGGAUACCUGGAUAAGAAACAAUGAAUUACGAGGAUUUGGUGGUGGAAGUCAAGGUGACUAAUAUAAUUUAAGAGGUUACCUGACCUCUGGGGAAAGGGAUGGCCGGCUGAAAGUAAGCACCCAUAGCAGGAUGAUAUCUCACUUGUAUUCUGUAGACAAGAAGGAGCACUGGUCAAGACUAAAAGACGGUUAUCUCUCAUUUGUUGUAAUUAUAACUCCAGAGAUAUUAAUAUGGUUCAGUAUCACAGUGAGCCUUAUGUUAUGCCUUUAACAUUUCUUACAGGGGUCUCAAUUCUGGUCAUAAACAGAAAAAUAAGAAUGCACAAAUAGAAACCCUGCACUCAGCAGGCAGAUGACUGGAUCAUACAGUAUCUUCACUUCACAGAAACUUAAAUCUUACCAAGUAAAUUUGCAUCAUUUUUAGUCAAAUUAUCUCAUUGCACUUAAAAUUAGAUACAUUGACCCGAUUUGACCAAAAAGAAAUCUUGUCUCAAGGUAUUUUUGAAAACUGAUAAAAACUCAUGACAAGUUUUUGACUGGUUAUGAAACAGGCUGAAGAUAAAAGUGAUGGCUCUGUACAACCUACUGAGGCAACCAAGGCCAUAAAUAACAGGCUAUAAAUUUAUUAUGAAGUAAUUCUUAAAGACUGUAAUCUCUGUGAGGGGGUAGGUGUCACAUGUGGUGAUUUACAGCACUCUGAGGAAACAGCUUUAUUUUGCCUUUUCGAAAAAAAUAUUUAUGGAGAGUAAACAUUAACAACUAAAAGGCGGAUUUUUUUCAGGGAACACUUCUUAUACACGUGUAGAACAAAACCAAAACUAAUAAAGAUUUAAAAGGUUUUCCUUUGUUCACAGAGGGCGCCAAAACUAAUACGAACAGAAAGUUCCUCACCAGUGCUUUAACUAAAACAUUGUAUAAGUAACAGCAAUUUUACUCAAAUAGAAUAGUUCAGUACUCUUUCUAUUCCUUGAAAUAUCUUGACCUGAGAAUUUGAAUUAUGUCUGCUAUGUAGGGGAGAGUGGGGUAAGAUGAGCCACUUUUCAUUUUGGGAUCACUACAUCAAGACAAUCAUAGUUUUGUGUCUAACUAGUGUAUCUGCAUAUAUUUCAAGAUGUUGUGCAUCCCUGCAAACCAACAGAAUGAGUGUAAACAGAACUGUCUUGAUAAUAUAGCAUGCCAAAAAAGUGGUCUCCUAUGGUCAACUUACCCCGUGUAUGGGGUAAGUUGACCAUAGGAGAGGGGUAAGUUGAGCCGCACCUCUACUCCCCCCCACACUCUCCACCCCAGCCCUCCCUCACCUUCUCUCUCCCUAAAUAAGUCACUUCUUCACAUUCAUGUGUAUUUUUAUCUAUUAUACGCUAUUCAACUAGUACAAUAAUUAUUUUUAUUAUUAUUACAUAUAACUGUUAAAAAGCUGUUUUGUAAAAAAAAUUUUUUUUAAAUAAAAAAUUAACAUGAGAAUGCCUUUAAGUGAUUCAGAACAUUCACAGCUGUAUUUUUGAAAAGAAAAAGUAACACAUUUCAACAAUUUGACGUGAAAAUCUGAUCCUCUCAUCAGACUCAUCAUACUGGCUCAACUUACCCCUGAACUACUAUUAUGACUUUAUUUGUCCUCUAAGCUAAAAUGGUGGACUUUUAUUCUAGGUUUUUGACCUCAUGUUGUAGCUCAUAGAUACCACAAUUGAUGUAUAAAACAAAUUUAAAAUGAUCUUUUUAGGUCUGAACACAAUUCUAAUAAAACUUAUGACAGACUAAAUUCACUUUCAAGAGUGAAAAAUGUUUUUUUAAAUAAAUGUCUAACCCCUUCACCCAUGUGCUUCUAACCUUCACAGACUCCAUGAAUUGAUACCCAUCUCCUAAAUAUUUGGUCGCAUUAUCAAUUUCUUUUAGCAUUUCCAAGCAACAGGGGGUGGCUCAACUUAGCCCACCCUCCCCUGUCUGUUACACACACAGAAAACACCGUCACAAUCUAAUGUAACGUAAUACAACAGCUUUCAGAAAGCUUCUAAAUGUUGAGUUUUUGUUGACACGACCAUACAGGUGAUUACUGAACGUGUACUUGUGUUAAACUUACUCAACAGAGCUUUUACAGGUGACUCCGGCCAGUCUCUUGAUAUUCCCCAUCAGCAGAUCGCUCUCCUCUGCACUGAGCGCUGCAGCUUUAAGAACAUGACCCGGAAGAGGACCAGUUUGACCGGCACUCUUUCUACUUUUCCUUUCCGCUCAGGUCUCAGCAGUGUUGGGAGCGUGGAGUUCAUCAUCUGGGCUCACAAAAUCACCGAAAAUGAGCGUCCCGGCGUUUAUUGAUAUCACGGAAGAAGACCAGGUACGAAUCAUGUCCUCAAAACACUCGUUUAAUGUGGUUUCUUUCGCGGAUGAAUCGAUUGAAGGAAACUAUUUGACCGGAUAAAUUAGCACGGUAGCUAACAAAAUGCUAACCGCUCGCAGCUGUUUGUUAGAUGUUCAUUGUUCAAUAAUAAAUAAUUACAAUAUGAUGAUUGGCUGUAUUCACAAUGAUAACUUUAAACGGAAAUCGGUGCUGUUGUUUUAUUAAAUGUAUUUAUUUUUGGCAGUGGUGAAAAAUGUAAUAGAAUAUUUAACCAAAGCUUAUUUAGUUAAAACCCACCUAAGUGUAAAUACAACAGCUUCUUUGUUAGACUACAAUACAAUAUAAGAAGUGUUCUGUUUAAAAUGAUCUUAUAGUACUGAGGAGUUACUUUGAAUCCAUGGUGAUGAGGGUUGAGGAAGCAAGAUCUGUCUCCCACCCCUAAAUUAUGCAAAAGCAUCUUUCUCUAAAUAAACUCAUUGUUGAAUUAAACAAAACUCUGCACCUGGUCAUUGUGUAGCUGUGUAUUACAUCUGACAGGACCCUACAGACAGUCCCUGCUCGCUCAAGUCGUGGCCUGUUAUUAUGAGCCAAGAAGAAGGACUUAUGAGCUUUACUUGACAUGAACUAUCAUGCUGUCAGGUUUAUGUUUGGAUCUGUUGACUCAUUGUAGCUUGAGUCAAGUGUAAUGGGAUAAUGUAACUAAAACAAAUCACUUUAGUUAAUAGUAAACUUGAAGGUUUGAUUUUCUUUACAGGGGAAGUCCUGUUUUAAAAGCUGUCCAGCAAAUUACAAUAACACAAAAACGACUCAAUUACAGUUUAACGAGUACAUGUAAUUAAAUACUUUCCACCUUUUCUUGAAGACAAUUUUUUUUGCCAUCAGUGCUGCUACCACCAAGUCAAGUCACCAAAGCACACGUGAGUUAAUUUAGGAUCCAACACACUGAAACACAGAGUUAGACACCCCCUCAAGAGAUGAAUGUUGCCGACCCGUUACUUCUCUAGUUUUACCAACUUAAGUAACGACUGCACGAUAGCAAUAAACAGCGGACGGAGGAGCCAUAAACAAACCUCAACCAAAACGCCACUCUACAGCCACAAAUAAUGCUCAGAACAGCACCUAACUUCAUCAACAGUACAUAUAGGGUCCCAGUCAUAGCACUAGCCACCAAACGUUUUUUUAACUUUGCCUGAUUUCUUUAGCAAAGAGACUAAACACAACUCACCUACUCUCUUCCAGCAGCCGUUUGUCUGUAGCGAGACGCAGCUCAAGGUAGAACAUAGAGUAGCAUAGAAGCAUUAUUUGUGUCUAUAGAGUGGUAUUUUGGUUGAGGUUUGUUUAUGGCUCCGUAGACCGCAGUGUAUUGCUAUCCUCGUUACUAAAGUUGGUAUAACUAGAGAAGCAAGCGGUCUGCAACAUUCAUCUCUCGAGGGGGUGUCUAAUUCAGUGUUACGGUGUGUUUGACCCUAAAUUAAUUUCACGCCGGAAUAUCCCUUUAAAUCUACUCCCUACAGGGAAGGUGUUCACUUGGCCGGUUGAGAAACAUUACUAUAGUUCUCACUUCAUUUUUAGCCCCAGCAUGAACAGGUUUCUAUUUACAACAAAGACAAGCUACAGCCGUACAGUUCUCUCCCAUUAGGGUUUGUUGGUUGUUUUGCCCUCCGAGCUUAAGACCAAGGAAGUCUACGCAUUUGAGCUUCUGGACCAAACACUUAAGAACUAUUUCUUAUAGAUCUUCAGACCUGUGGACUCUGUGGAUACUUUUAAAGAGCAGCCAAGACCCUUUGUCUAGAUUUGCCUGCACUUUGUAUGUUAUUGACAAUUCAGAUUUAGAGAUUGUGGACUCAGUUGACUGGAUCUUCUUAGGCAAAUGGUUUCUAAGAUAUUUGAGCCCUCACAAGUAAAGAUUCUUCUCUAUUAGUUUUCAGUCUGGUAUGUUGGACGCAUGUAGGAUCCCAGCCUCUAAAUUAUACUAAACAUAAUGUUCGCUCAUAUGCUAUUAAAAGGUCAGACAUGUUGCUGGGAGAAAGGGCGUACUAAUCAUUUUGUUGUUGUUAAACUUUACAGGCCUCAGAGCUGAGAGCCUACAUCAAGGCCAAAGGAGCUGAGAUAUCAGAGGAGAACUCUGAAGGCGGACUUCAUGUAGAUCUGGCUCAGAUCAUUGAGGCGUGUGAUGUCUGCCUCAAGGAUGAUGAUAAAGGUAGGUGUUGAUCAGGACUGAACCAACACUCAGUUUCAUUGAGCAAUAGUUUUUGUUACUUAGGAGAACCCUUGUGUAUUUAAUCCCGUAUGUUAUAGUUCAGUUGGUUUAUGUGUCUCUGUGGACUGUCCAAGUUGUCCAAUAUGCAGAUCACCAAGACCCUGGACCUGUUAUCAACUGAUUACCAAACCAUUUCCCAGUAACAGAUAUUACAUAUGACUCUGUGCUUCUUUACAGAUGUGGAGAGUGUCAUGAACAGCAUUGUGUCUUUGCUGUUAAUCCUGGAGACGGACAAACAGGAGGCCCUCAUUGAAAGCCUGUGUGAGAAGCUGGUGAAGUUCCGUGAAGGAGAGCGGCCAUCCCUCAGGAUGCAGCUGUGAGUCCUUUUUAAUCUUUUCUCCUGAAUAUGUCCCCUUGGGUUCUGUUCUUGUGAAUCAACCAGCAUAAAAACAUCAUCUCAUCCAUCAAAAUAAUAAUAAAAAUGAGCUCUUGUGUUUUGCUCCUGUAGGCUAAGUAACCUGUUCCAUGGCAUGGAUGAGAACACUCCAGUGAGGUACACUGUGUUCUGUAGCCUCAUCAAGGUGGCUGCAACUUGUAACGCCAUCUCCUUCAUUCCCACGGACCUUGAUCAGGUAUAUACACUCUAUUCAUAUCUCCCUAUUACCAAACUGGAAUAACUCACUUCAGCACUGCAGAAAAAUCCAAAGACCAGCACUCAAUCCUUAUAAAGAAGCUCUGCAGAUGAUUUAUUAUGUCUGUCUGUGGUGCUUAUCAGGUGCGCAAGUGGAUCGUAGACUGGAACCUGAACACAGAGAAGAAGCACACACUCUUGAGGCUGGUGUAUGAAGCACUGGUUGACUGCAAGAAAAGGUGAGUAGGAAUAGAGCUGGACUGGUUUGUGUGUGUAUUCAGAAGACGACACAGAACUGCACUGAAUUCUACAGAUGAUACUAUAGAAAUUCUUGUUAUUCCUAUACUUGUGGGCUUAAGACUUAGACUGUGUUGGUUUUCUUAUUUCACAGUGAGGCUGCUGCUAAAGUGAUGGUGGAGCUGCUGGGGAGUUACACAGAAGACAACGCUUCACAAGCACGAGUUGAUGCACACAGGUAAAGCUGAGUGUCUUGUUUACCAUUUCUCACCAAGCUUUGAUAGAAUUUUAUUCGUCAUAACACACAAACCUUUUAUCUCUUACUGCGCUCCUCUCUUUAGAUGUAUCGUACGAGCUCUGAAAGACCCCAACACCUUCCUGAUCGAUCACCUGCUCACCCUGAAACCUGUUCGCUUCCUGGAGGGAGAACUCAUCCACGAUGUAAGAAGUGAAAAACACAUGACUGAUUGAAUCACACCUGGAUGUGAAUGCCUCAGUUUGUGUUUCACAUGAUUUUCUGAUGUUUCUUGAUGUAAAAUGUCAGUGACAGCUAAGACAAGUAUAGCCCAAUAUUUCAUUGGUGACCAGUCACUGGUUGAUAAACUCUGAAUGGUGAGCAGCAGGAAUGUUUGUACAUCACCAGCUGAAUGGGCUGAGACAAUGAAAACAUAUUUCUCAAUAGGGUGUGUGCACAGUUUUGUAGAAGAGAUUUCAUGGAUCAUCAGGUCAGCCUUUCUGAACAUAUUAAUGGUUUGGCUGGCUGUUCAUCAAGGAAACAGUGUUUGCUGAGGUGACGUACGUUACAUUGAUCACUUACAUGACUUUAUUAACAACAUGGUUUUUUUUUUUUCUGUCUGCCUCUCUUUGCAGCUAUUAACCAUCUUUGUGAGUGCAAAGUUAGCAGCAUACGUCAAGUUUUACCAGAAUAACAAAGACUUCAUCGACUCUCUCGGUAAGUAGAAUGAACUGGAGAGGAUGCAUCAACUCUGCGGAAACUCGCAUGUUUAUGAAUGAAAGAAAAGUAUACAAAGCAGGUGUUUCAGUGCUUUAAAUAGGCACAUAUGCUGUAGAAAAGCACCACAUAUAUUCAAGAAGAAUGAGGAAUAAAAGCAUUGAGCUAUAAAACAAUAACAAAAUAACCAAAAAAGAGUCCGAUCCUUUAAUUAUGGCCACAGUGCAGAUAACAUUGCCAGAGUUAGUCGUAAAUUACUCAGAGUCUAAGAAGGAAAACAAACAUGCAGAGAGGAAAUGAAUCAAGUAAAUGCAGAGUAGAACAACAGGGUUUUUCCAAAACUGCAGCAGUCUGAUAAUCUUGAAACAACACUGUCUAUGUCGCUGGGCAGUGAUAAAUGGCACGUCUGCCCUUUUCCUUAUUUAUCAAUCAGUAUUUAUAUAUAAUACGUGUGCACGGUUAAGUGACUGCUUUUUUUAGAAGUCUGUUUUUUCAUGUCACGCUACAUCUAAGAGCAACAAACAAGCAAGCCAGUAGAUAUCCAUGGAUUUAGACGUAAAGUAUUCAUGUUUAUCCUCAUUUUGCUAAGUUUUCCCAUCAUGUCAGCGUCCUCCUUUUAUUCUUAUAUUUACAAAAUUAAGUAGCAGCUCUGAUGUGGGAGGAGCUUAAAAAAUGUCUCAAUCCCAAAAUGUUUAACGAUGAAUACUGGAUUUUUUUUCUGGAUUCACUUAUACUGUGGAGGGUGCAAGUACAAAAAAAAUCCCCAUAUCAUCCAUCCUUUUCUCCAAAAUUGAAAUUAUUUUAUCAUUUGCAGUUUUAAUAUUUACUACACACUAAUUAUAAACUCUUUGAGCCAUAACAGCAUGCUGUGUUGACACAGUAGAGGAAUGCGUGUGUGUCAGCAGUGCGUCUCUUAUUCACAACUAAAAGACUGGGGUCUAAUUACGAGCAUGUGUAGGAUGGGCUCUGAAAACAGAAAACGCAGAGUUAUGUUUGUGUUAAUGAGAAGAUUCCCUGACAGCGUGCUCCUAAAUGUAGCAACAACUAUCACAGGGAAACUCCCUGAGCUGAGCUUAAUCGACUGUGACUGCUUUGUGCUUAAUGAUCCCUGCGUGUUGUUAUGCAGGCCUGUCUCACGAGCAGAACAUGGCCAAGAUGCGUCUGCUGACAUUCAUGGGCAUGGCGGUGGAAUUCAAGGAGAUCUCCUUCGACACCAUGCAACAGGAGCUGCAGAUCGGAGCAGAUGACGUAGAGGCCUUUGUCAUUGACGGUACAAGCUCUUCACCUUAGAUGAAUCUUUGCUGUCUCCUGUUAAAGUAUUAUGCUCGUUACAAGCGGCAGCUAAUUAGAGGUUAAAAAGGACAGUUAUUAGACAGUGAAUUCCCUCUCUAAAGAGACUUUUCUUUCCUCCUCUCAAUGAAAAGAAUGCGUUGGUGACAAAAAAGGGACUUGAAUUAGGACUUCACAUGGCACAGGACCAAGAAUAACACCCAGUGUUCUGUGCCCAGGAUUCAUUUCCUAUUUGUAGUCUCAUUUUUCAUCCUGGCGUCAGUGGAGUUUUAAUUGCUUUCUCUCUCUCUCGCUCCGUUUUCGCUGUAACUUUAUUCCUUUCAUGUCUUCUUUGUCUUUGUAGCCGUUCGUACCAAGAUGGUGUACUGCAAAAUCGACCAGACACAGAGGAAAGUUGUAGUGAGGUAAGUCCAUUCAUCAAACCAUUACACAUGGCUUAACAUGUACUAAAUAAAGAUCUUUAUCAAAGAGGCAUUCAGAGCCGAUGUCGACCUGGUUCAUAUUCAGACGUAAUUUACUGUUUUCAAAACAGUCCUUCCACUGAUGGAGCCACCAGACCUGCAGUCUUGUUGUUAGUGCACUGUAAACAGUGAUGCUCACUACUCAAGCUGUCUGAACUGAAUGAAGCUUUACAUAUGGUUGUGACUGAAGACGGGAAUUUAUUUGUAUUCUACUUUAUUGAAACUAAGAGAGCCAAGUCGCCGUUCAUCAUUUUAAGUCUACAUUCAGAAGGCUUUGUUCUUUGUUUUCUGCGGCGCCUCCUCCUUAAUUUUUCCUCAAGUCAUUCAUGCUGGACCAGAGCUGGUCUGCAAAAACUGAAUAAUCAACUGGUUUGUGCAGACCUGAAUUUGGCCAAAGCAGUUUUGCCUCUCUCCAAUAUCAUUGAUGCUGAGUACCAAAGGCAUAACUGUAAAUGAAUUCCCUUCAAGGACAUUUCUUUUUCAGUUUCACAUAACCGCUUAAAGAUUUAGUCUACAGAAUAAAAAAGAGGCUGCCAUAUCUGUUUAAACCUGGUUAUUUUCCUUAACAUAUCAUAUCAGUAUUGUUCCUCCUGAAGUAUACGAGAGCACUGUAAGCAAAGUUUCAAAGCCAGGGGGUUUCUUUUUUUUCCAAAUCUAUAGAACCAUUUCUUUUUUCGUCUACAAUCCUUGUUUAGAUAAAAUAUAAGAUAUGACUUGAACCCACUUUCUUCUGUGAACUUCAAAUCUUUCUUCUCCCCUUUCACUCUCCAGCCACAGCACACACCGCACAUUUGGCAAACAGCAGUGGCAGCAGCUGCACGAUAGCCUCAGCGCCUGGAAAGCCAACCUCGCAACCGUCAAGACCAGCCUGCAAGCCCUGUCACCGUCUGCUUAAUUCCACCUUAACCCAACCGUUUAGACCGCCUGACCCCUAAUUCUUAACUGCUCUUCUAAUGCCAUGACUGAAACGAUCAGUUUUUAUAUCUCUCCAAUAAAAGAUCAGUGGAGAUCAUC